AUGACCUCGUACAUUCCCUCCCUCACGCUUCCGAGCUUUCUGUUCGAAAACCCGGCAGCUGCAAUUCUGCUCCCCGUGGCCUGCGGUACCGCGAUUGGCUUUUCCAUCAGCCCGUCCGUAACCCAGGCUCAAUACAAAGCCAUAAGACAGCCUCCUCUGCACCCUCCUGGCUACGUCUUUGGGCCAGUAUGGACCGCACUCUAUGCAACAAUGGGCUACACUGCCUACCGUGCGUGGACCACUGGCGCAACUUCUACCAACCCUUAUACUGUGGCUCUAGCUAAGCAUGGAGCGACUCUGUACUCGAUCCAGCUGGCCCUCAAUUUUCUCUGGACACCGCUUUACUUCAGCCUUGGACGACCCAUCGCUGCCACUGUCGAUAUCCUCGCACUGGGUGGUACUGUAGGCUACCUCGCCUAUAUUUGGAGUCAGGUCGAUCCCACGUGUGGGUGGCUGCUUGCCCCAUACUUGGGCUGGCUCGGUUUCGCAACCUACCUCUGUGUGGGCAGCGGUUACCUCAAUGAUUGGAACUUCUCGAAGAUGUACAAGCAUGACUAG